AUGCAAGUGGACACAACAUGGGUUCAACCGGCUGUGUCUGACUUAGCGUCUAUUCCACUUGAAAGUCAUCAGUAUAGACAUAAACUUGAACAAUCUUUAUCUGUGAAAUCUCCGCCUCUGUCAACAUUAAAAGCAUCAUUAACAGCGACAAUUCUCUUUCCAUCAAAACGUGUCGAACCACUUGAUAUGGCACGUUCGCAUCGACAAACCACAGAGAAUCGCAAUAAAGCUGGCUACACACAAUCAGCUACGACUGAUGAACAACGCCAAACGACAACAUCCUUCGUCAGAAAUCGUCCUAUAAAACGUGUCAAACAUCCAGCUGAUCGUUCAUCUAUUCUCAACUUUCUACAACGUCUCUCAUCUGCAUGCUUAACUCUAAUCGUCUCAUUGCCAUGCAUUCUAUUCCUCACAAUCUCAAUACCUAUUUGUUGGUUGGUUCGCGCAUUCAUUCGAUUAACCUGCCGACAUCAUUGUACUGUUAUGCCAUGCAAUUGUAGCUAUCUAACCGCUAGUGAUCUGUUUUGGUUCUAUAAUAGUAAUAUAUCAUCAAGUCGAGAUAAACCAGAUGAAACAACAAAAUUGAAUUCACUAACAAGCUCUCCAACGGCAGCGGCAAUCUUCUUUCUCGAAGGCACAAUUACUGAAAAUUCAUUGAAAAAACUGUUACUUAACCGUCUUGUUACAAAUAAUGCUCGACGUGGUUCAAAUACUGGUCAUAAAUUAUUUCCACGUUUUUCCCAAAUCAUUAUUCCACGCUUUUCUGGUGCCAUGUGGGUGGAUUAUUCCCUUUUUACUAUCGAUGAACACGUCCAAGAAAUUCCACAUAAUAUUCAAUCCGACGAAGAUCUUCAACUGUAUGUUUCCACGUUAUUAUCAACUGAAUUGACACGUACACGUCCUUUAUGGCAAUUACAUUAUAAAAAUCGUUCGUCGUCACGUCCAAAUGACAGUGUUCUUGUGUUCAUCUAUCAUCCUGUUCUAUCCGAUGGAAUAUCAUUAUUGAGAAUCCUAUUAAAGCACAUCGUUGACAAUCGGACAACGCAAUUGGAUCUGAAGCCACGUUUCGUCGGUCGACAUGACGAAUAUCUAUUCGAUUAUGUCAAGGCUUUUCUUUUCGGACAUACACUUAUCUUCAGUAAACUGCUGUUUAACUUGGCAAAAGAGAGUUUCUUCAAAAGACAACUAUAUCGAAAUCAUCAUACGACAAAUAACAACAUUUCAACAGUCGACUCACAUUUUCCUUCGCUUCAAGAUCAACGGAAAGUCGUUUGGUCAGCUCCAUUUAGUUUAACUCAACUCAAUCGAAUGAAACUUGUCACCCGCACACGUAUGAACGAUCUUUUGUCAACUUUAGUCAUCUCAACAAUUCGUCUCUACAUGGAAAAAUAUGGGGUAUCCAAUUCAGUGGACAUGAAUUGCAUUAUGCCUUGUGAUCUUCGGUCAAAUUCUCCGAAUAUAAUUAUGGGCAAUCAGAUCGCACAUUUAUGUUUACGAGUACCCAUGAAUAUCGAGGGAAACAUUCCACUCCUCUGGUCGUUCUUUGAAAAUACAAGAAAUUUCAAAGAAAACGGCGACUACGCUACCAUGUAUCUGUUUGUACAUAUCGUGUAUCUAAUCUUUCCUUUCUGCCUAGCUAAUAAGUUAAUCGCUCGGAUUUAUGAUAGCGCUAGUUUCUGGUUAACAACAUUGGCCGCCGGAAGUAGUACGGCACUAGCAACAAUGUCUGUAUGCAGUCGAGAUGUUCGGAGUUUGAUAUGUCUUAGUCCAAGUGUUGGAGCUGCUAGUUUGAAUUUUUGUGUGACAACGUAUGCGGAUGAAAUUCGGCUUGUUGUUAUUGCGGAUCCAAAUCUUGUGCCUAAUCUGCAAUUUUUCACUGAUUCUUUCAUUCAACAGCUCCUGAUUGUUCAAGAUCUUCUUGCUCAUCGACGAAUACCGGGUGAGAUCCGUCGAAUCGUUCGGCCACCGAGAUUACAGCCGGCGAAAAAGAGUAUCAGUAGCAUAUCUGAUAUAUCAGAUGACUUGACCAUCGAAGAAAUUCAGGCGAAGAUGACGACAUUACAACAAGAAUUACUUUCGCUCAAAAGUCAAUUUGAAAAUGUUGAUAUGUCCGAUCCAUCCAGUCAAACUCAACGUUUAAUCAUAACCACGAAAUUAGAAGAAUUAAGACGAGAAUUUCGGGAACUGCUAAUUAAACUUCAAGAACGUCAAUGUGAACUGUCAGGUAUGAUACCAAGUGACGAAGAAGACGAAAUGGAUCCACAUGUACGUGUUCGUCUACGUUCGGCAAGUGUCGCAUCCAAGAUAUCUUUGAGAUCCAACGAUCAAAGACUACUAUCAGCCAAAAUGUAUCAAUUGGACAAAGAAGAAGGUAGCAGUGAAUUCACUGCUGCGAUCGUUCCUGCGAGUUUGUCGCCAUCUAGAACAGGUCUUGCUGUUCAUCAAAACAAUGAUUUACAAGCAGGAAUGCGUCGUGCACAGUCCUUGAGUAUCUAUGAAAACUCGUCGGUUGAUACACAGUCACGAACUCUGUUGAAUCCACCUCGACUAACGACACCAUCUCGACAGCCUAGUACAACAACGAAUACAAUUAUUCAUCUUGAUCCGAGUGAAAACUGGAAAAAUACAAGUGGAAAUUAA